UACUUUUUUUUUUGCUAAUAAAAAUGUAUAUCAUGGAAAAAUAUUUUAAAAACUAUUCAUUUUUUUAUAAUUACCUAUAUACAGUUUAUUAUAUUAUACUCGAUCUUGAAUUAUUAAGGUGCGUACACACUAGCGUAACAAAACGGCGAACUUGUAACAUGUAACAGUGUUCGUGUGUCAUAUGCGUGUAACAAAUCUUCGAACUUGUACCAUACUUCUGUAACAAUCCGCUGAUCCGCUGAUUGUCGGUAUUUUGGCGAAACAUCAAAGGAUGAUACGCGUUCAUGUUACAACAUGUAUGGACGAGAUGACGAACAAAACCGUGUAACAUCAUACGAAUAAUAAUAUAUUAUAUUACUAUAUUUUUAUAUUUUAGUAUUAUUAUAUUAUGGGUAUUAAAGUAUAUACUUCAACGAAGUUCGAGAGAGAACUUAAUUUGUAUCAACAAUUAAUAAAGGAUACUUAUAUGCGGCUAUGCCUAUCGAUUGUCGAAAUAACUAUUUAUAGCUGGAAUUUAUUGUCGUAUACUCGUAUGAUAUUGUUACUACAAUGUAAAUUAAUAUACUUAUAUACAAAAUCACAGCGUUCAUUUUAUUUUACCAUUUCAUCAUGAUAUAAACAAAUUAAUACAUUUAGUUGCCGAUUAACCUCCGAGAACACACUAUAUAAUCGUUUAUUUUCAUUUACUUAUACAUUUUGUCACGAUGGCCUUCUGGACAAAUGAAAAUGUAUUAAAACUUAUUGAAAUAUAUCGUAGUAAGGAAAUUAUUUGGGACCCUACAAACAAAAAUCAUUUUAAUAAGAUUUUAAAAAAUGACGCUUGGAAUGAAAUAGCAAGUGAAUUUUCCAAUCACAUUUCAACUGCAAUCACGCCGGAUGAGUGUAGAAAUAAAAUGGUGUCGAUACAAGCUGCACAUAGGAGAGAAAAAAUGAAAAUAAGGAAAAGUAUAGGAACCGGUUCAGGUACUCAAGACGUGUAUAGGUCAUCAUGGUUUGCAUUUGAAAGCCUUGAAUUUUUAAUGAACAAAGAUAAUCCUCGUCAGAGAAGAUGCACGAUGUCCGAUGAAAAUGCUCAAAGUGAAAGUAAUCAAUUGCAUACUGAUGAACCACAAAUUACUCCAGAAAAUCAAGGUACAUCAACGCUGACAUCAAAAAAAAGGAAAAUUAUCAACGAAGAUAAUAUUAAAUUAGAUAAAGCUUUUAAAAUUUUGGAGUCGGCGGCAUCGGCCUCAGCUGAAAAUACUGAAAGUCAAUCAUUUGGACAGUUUGUUGGAAAGAAAUUAGAAACAUACAACCAACAAGUUAGAAGUAUUGUGCAAUAUGAAAUGUCAAAUAUUUUAUUUAAAGCAGAUUCUGGAUAUUUUAAUCAACAACUAACAUCAACUUAUCAAAAUAACCACUACCGUUAUAAUUCUGAUCCAUCAAAUUAUAAUUAUAAUUAUAAUUAUAAUCCACAUAAUUAUCCGACAAACAUACACACUUCACUACCACACACAUUGCCAGCUCGUGAGACUAAUAUUACAUCUUUCCCAGUACCACAAACAUCACCAGCUACAAUUACACAGACAUCUACACCACAUCCAUCACCUGCAAAUACUUAUUAUAAUUAUAAUCCACAUAAUUAUCCGACAAACAUACACACUUCACUACCACACACAUUGCCAGCUCGUGAGACUAAUAUUACAUCUUUACCAGUACCACAAACAUCACCAGCUACAAUUACACAGGCAUCUACACCACAUACAUCACCUGCAAAUACGUAUACCUCAGAAGAAUUGGAUUUUAGUGACAUUAUGUAGUGUGAUUAUAUUUAUUUUUUAACUUUGAAUAAUAUUUUGUAUUUUGUUGAUUUUUAUUAAA